AAGACACCACAAAAAGAAGACCAUCUCAAACCUCACUCUCUCCCCCACUUCCAAAAUCCAAAUUCCAACAGCGCGCUGCCAAAACAGAAGCUCGGACGAUGGCGAGCGCCGGCGAGGCGACGCGCGCGGCGGUGGUGGUGGCGGCGCGGGCCGCGCCCAGGGAGGUGCCCCGGGCAGCGGCCGCGUGGGCGCUGGCGCACGUCGCGCGGCCCGGCGACGCCGUGCUCAUCCUCGUCCUCAUGCCGCCGCCGCCGACGACGACGACCGCAGCCUCCGGUAAAGGAAGGCUGUGGAGCUUUCCCUUCUUCGCGGGGGGCUGCGCCAGCGCCCACGCCGCCGCGCCGGCCCAGCGCUCCGACGUCUCCGACCUCUGCGCCCAGAUGACGCUCACCCUCCGCGACCUCUACGACCCCGCCAAGGUGGACCUGAGGGUGCGGAUCGUCGCCGGCGCGGGCCCCGGUUCCGUCGCCGCCGAGGCGAAGCGGGCGCGGGCUAGCUGGGUGGUGCUGGACAGGGAUCUCAAGGUCGAGGAGACGCGCUGCAUGGAGGAGCUCCGGUGCAACAUCGUCGCCGUCAGGCGCUCCCGGCCCAAGGUGCUCCGGCUCAACCUCGCCUGCUCCACGGAGGAGACACGGCCGGAGCCGGCAGCUCCCCCGCCGCAGCCCCAGCCCGAGCCGAGUGCUGAAGAGACGGUCUCGGUCAGGGGACACGCCGUGACGACGCCGAGCUGCAGCCCGGACUCAGAGACGCCGUCUGGCAGCAGCACCGACGGCGCCGUAGCCUCCUCCUCCUCCGUGUCCAGCUCUGAUCCCGGCGCUUCCCCGUUGUGUGCUUCACCUUCAGAAGAAGCCGGCACCUGCAUCUCUCUGAAGAAGAAACAAGAAACAGAGGAUGGGGGAGCGUCCUCCGUGCCAAAUUCAGACCCAGGCACCUCUCCACUUUCUGCUUCAGAAGAAUCAGACGUGUCUCUGAUGAUGAAGAAGAAAGAAGAAGAAGAAUCCAAGGAUUUGGAAACAUCUUCUGUGCCAAACUCAACAGACCCUUCCAAUUCUCCAUUGUGUGCUUCAGAAACAGAUACAAGCUCUCUGAAGAAAGAUUCUCCAUUGUGUGCUUCAGAAACAGAUACAAGCUCUCUGAAGAAAGAAGACACCAGGAAUGCCGAUGCAGCCUCUGUGUCAAGCUUAACAGACCCUGCAACCUCUCCAUUGUUCGCUUCAGAAACAGAUGGCAGCUCACCGGACACCGAAACGUUCGACGAUUCCACCGGAGCAUCCUCCGCCGCAAGCUCACGCCUUGGCACUACCACUACAGUUUGUGCUUCAGAAACAGAUAGUAGCCCUCUGAAUGGAGAAGCAGCCAGUCUUAAUCCCCAGCAUGAAGAAACUGCCAAUGUAAUAUCUGACCCUGACAGUGAAGCUUCAGCUCCAACUCCUCAGACAGCAGCAUCGGCAGCAGCCUCGCCGUCACUCCAGCCAUGGAUGGCCGACAUCCUGCAGAGGCCCGGUGCAUCCCCCAGACCAACACCAACCCGUCGAAGAACCCCGACGGCCGACGCGCUGCUGGAGAAGAUCGCCAAGCUGGACCUACUGACCGAGAUCAGUGCAGUGAGGAGCAGGUCAGACCUCAACUUCAGAGGAAAUGUAAGAGACGUCGUAUCCCUCUCCCGGACCCCUGCGCCGGGACCGCCGCCGCUCUGCUCGGUGUGCCAACACAAGACGCCGGUGUUCGGGAAGCCGCCGCGGUGGUUCAGCUACGCCGAGCUGGAGCAUGCCACCGGUGGCUUCUCCAGAGCAAAUUUCUUGGCUGAAGGUGGGUUUGGGUCUGUUCAUAGAGGGGUGCUGCCUGACGGCCAGGCCAUUGCUGUCAAGCAGCACAGGCUUGCCAGUAGCUCGCAGGGCGACGUCGAGUUCUGCUCCGAGGUGGAGGUGCUCAGCUGCGCGCAGCACCGGAACGUCGUCAUGCUCAUCGGGUUCUGCGUCGAGGGCAAGAGAAGGUUGCUGGUCUACGAGUACAUCUGCAACAGAUCACUGGACACUCAUCUGUAUGGCCGUCACAAGGAGACAUUGGGGUGGGCUGCCCGGCAGAAGAUCGCGGUCGGCGCCGCCAGGGGGCUGCGGUACCUCCAUGAAGAAUGCAGGGUUGGCUGCAUUAUCCACCGCGACAUGAGACCGAAUAACAUCCUCGUCACGCAUGAUUUCGAGCCACUGGUCGGCGAUUUCGGCCUGGCCAGAUGGCAACCUGACGGUGACAUGGGUGUCGAAACAAGAGUCAUCGGCACAUUCGGUUAUCUGGCGCCUGAAUAUGCGCAGAGCGGGCAAAUUACCGAGAAGGCCGAUGUCUACUCAUUUGGGGUUGUUCUUGUGGAACUUGUCACUGGACGCAAGGCCGUCGACAUUAACAGACCCAAGGGCCAGCAGUUCCUGACUGAAUGGGCCCGGCCAUUGCUGGAGGAGCACGCGAUCCACGAGCUCAUCGACCCGCGCCUCGAGGACCGCUUCUGCGAGAACGAGGUCUACUGCAUGCUCCAUGCAGCAAACCUCUGCAUAAGGCGCGACCCGCAUUCGAGGCCGCGAAUGUCCCAUGUUCUCCGCAUCCUGGAGGGCGACAUGGUGGUGGAGUCCGGUGGCUGCAUUUCCGCCCCGAGCAGCGAUGCCGGGAGCAUGAGCCGCCGCAUGCUCAGCGACCGGCUGCAUUACCAGGAGCAGGGCAGCCCGAUCCGGCCCGAUUCGCAGCAGCGUGUCGGCGGCGGGGUGAACCGCUCCCUUGAGACCACCCUGAGGAGCGCCUGGGAUGCUGAUGUGCAGGGCCUGUCUAACAGGUUCUGGUACCCUUCAGCAGCUGCAGACAGCAGCAGCCAACAGCCAAGAUGAUGAAAUGUGACCCAGCUCUUUGCAUCUGUGUGACUGGUACUCUGUUUAUAGCACUGGAAUAGAUGGUAUAGCAUAGCAAUAGGGGUUUACAUUAUGAUGAUGAGCCAUUGUUUAGCUCUUGUUUGUGAGCAUGAACUGAUACAAGUGUGGUGACAUACAAGCAGUUGUUUCACAGUUUCA